AUGACUCUCAAGGAAGAGUUCCAGACCCGCAACUUCAGUAUGCAUCUCCUCGACGCAAUUGACUUGACGCCAGUUCGUUUCGCUAACCCCGCGCAGGCAUCUACGGACAAUGGUAAGCUAGCGUUGACCUUUGCCGUCUCCGCCUUUGUCAUCCUCUUCAUCGAGGUGCCCCUGCUCCUCCGUAUCUGCCCGACCUCGUCCAAGUUCGACGAAGCCAUCCGCAAGGUCUCGACCAACUACAUGCGCGCCGCCGCCUACGCCGUCAUGGCCGUCAUUCAGUUCCUCAGCACCAUCGCCUCGAGGACCUCGCUGAUCGCCGCCGGCGUCUUCCUGCUGAUUGCCGGCAUUUUCUACCUGCUCGCCGCCAUCAAGGGCCAGGACUUUGUCGGCUCCAAGACGCUCGGCGGCCACGGCGUCGCGCAGAUGAUUGUCUAA